GCAAUCAUCAUAUGCAAUUUUUUUUUUAAUGAAACACAAAAUCUGAGACAUUUUUUUUGUCUCUUUUGACUCAUCAUUGCAUGCUCUAUUUCUCACUAAUUUUCAUCUUUUUUUUUCGUUGAAAUUUUAAUCUCACUUUACAACGAGGCCGUAGAAGAUCACCGAAUAAGAUAAAAAUUUUCACAGUUCGGGUCUUUUCAAUUUAUAUACAAGAAGAAGAAGAAGACAUGAAGAUGAUUUCUAUGAACAGACAAAUUUUUUUCGCUGAAUAUAAAAUGUGCGAUUAAAUUAUCAUCAUCAUCACCACCAUCAUCUUGUGAAUCAUAUGGGAAUAAACCUCUCUUUUUUUACAUUUCUCGAUUGAUUCAAUUAGAUUUGUAACAUAUAGCAGACACUUUUUUUUUUGUUUAAAUGGUCAAUCACCAUUACAUUUUAUUUAGUUUUCUCAGUAUUCUCGAAACAGACAUACAAACAUUACAUUUCAUCAAUUGUCUAAUAGUUGUUUGAACUGAUUGAACAAACUAGUGCUUAACCUGUGUGUGUGUGUAAAUCAUGUAAAAUGUGGAAAAUCAACAACAAAAACAUUACCAUCAUUUUGAUCUGUGUAUCUUUGUGGUUGGCUGAAUUAACCGAAAGUAUUGAUCAUGAUCAGAUAGUUGGACAGCAAAAAAAUCAAUAUCGACAAAUAUCCAAUAAAGCAAAAAACCGUUAUCGUAAAUUAUCUAAAUAUCCUGAUCGUAAAAAACAUUAUCCACAUCAAUAUAUGAUACAUAUCCGUUGGGGUAAACCUGGACAAAAUACCGAUUUGAUUAGGAAAGGUGAUGAAAAUUCUCGAUAUCGGAAAUAUGCACAUGAAGAAGAAGAACAUUGGCAUGAUAAAAAAUGGAUCAAUAUUGGCCAAUUACCAUUGUCAAUGGUCAAUGAUAUUGACAGUGGUAACAAUAAAAAAUACAUGGAUGAUGAUGAUGAUGAUGAUCGAUCAAUUUAUCAUGUAGCCGAACGAAAAUUUAACGCAUUACCAGUAUUUGCAAGACCAUUAAACGAUGCAGAUAGUUUACGAGAAAUUGAAAAACAUUUCGCCAUACCAUCAUCAAGUUUUCCAGUAAAUAAGAAUUUUGCCAAAUGGACAAUAGCUCCGAUUAAAUUCAAAAAGACAAAACAAUAAAAAAAAAUAAAUAGUACUUGAACAUUGACGAUGAUAGAUGGCAU